GCGGGCCUUCCGGCAAAAGGGCGCGUGGGAGAGGAAGGUCACGGCUAGGGACUGUUGGUCCUUGCUGCCCCAGAAAUGUCUUCACUCUCAGAAUAUGCCUUGCGUAUGACUCGUCUGAGUGCCCGGCUAUUUGGGGAAGUUGCCAGGCCUACUGAUUCCAAAUCCAUGAAAGUGGUGAAACUGUUUAGUGAGCAGCCUGUGGCCAAGAGGAGGGAGACCUACGACUGGUAUCCGAAUCACAACACUUACUUUGCGCUCAUGGGCACACUGCGUUUUUUCGGCCUCUACAGAGAUGAACAUCAGGACUUCAAGGAUGAGCAGAUGCGUCUGAAGAAGCUUCGUGGGAAGGGGAAACCAAAGAAAGGAGAAGGGAAAAGAGCAACAAAAAAGAAAUAGUUUUGGUCAAUCCAGAGAGAAACUUCCUUCUCGAAGACUGAGAGCAGAAGCAAGAGUAUUUAUUAUUAUCUUUCCCCCACGCUCGACGAGUGUAGGCUUCUUAAGAUUAAGAGUAUUUGGAGGAACACAAUCAUCUUCGUGUUAAAGUCUGAUCCAGUUAAAGUGUGACUGGUUUCUGGAGCACAUUCUAAUUUUGCAAAAUUAUUUUGGCCUUGGUUUUGUAAUCUGAGUUUACCUCAUUCCCUAGAGAAAUGAAUGCACAGAUUAUUGUUGAAUGGCUGUUUGGGGUGAGAGCGGGAUGUUGGGAAAGGGGGGGGGUCAUUAAAUAAGCACCUUUUCGUCUCCUCAUUACUCCCUGUAACUGCCCUGAAGUCUCAUCUCUGGCUGUUCAGCCACUCCCCACUACCAAGCUCACAAACUCUAUGUGCCUCUCCACUUGUUCCUUUGAGGAUAUCUAAUAAGAGAGUAUGUACCUGGUAAGAGAGUAUUAAGUAUCUGCUGUAUAGAAGGUACUGGGCCCUGGUAAUACAGUGAUUAGCAAGAGAAGCAGUCCCUACCUGGUAGGACUUUCCGUGGGAAAGACUAAUACUACCUAAUUACAUAAAUACCACUGUGUUAAAUGUGACAAAGGAAAAAUCCAGCCCAGCUGGUGUGGUUCAGUGGUUGAGCAUCAACCCACAGACCAGGAGGUUGUUCAAUCCCAGUCAGGGCACAUGCCCAGGU